AUGGAGCCCGUGCCCCCGCGCGCGCUCGAGACGAGCGAGAUCCCGGGCAUCGUGGCGGACUACCGCUCGGCCGCGGAGAACGCCAUCAGCGCGGGCUUCGACGGCGUCGAGCUGCACGCCGCCAACGGCUACUUGCUGGAGCAGUUCCUGCACGACGGCAUCAACGACCGCGCCGACCAGUACGGCGGCAGCGUCGAGAACCGCGCGCGCUUCCUGUUCGAGGCACUGGAGGCCAUCCUCGAGAGUCUGGACUCGUCCAAGGUGGGCAUCCGACUGUCCCCGUUCGGCGGCAGCUUCGGCGACAAGGACUCGGACCCCAUCGCCACGUACACGUACGUGCUGAACAGGCUCAACAACUACGACCUGGCCUACGCGCACCUGAUCGAGCCGCGUGGCUACCACGUGCGUGACCCGCUGGCACCCGAGAAGGGCUCGGCGCGGCAGUUCCGCGAGACGUACAAGGGCGUGCUCCUCGCCGCGUCGGGCUUCGACCGGCAGUCGGCCGUGCAGAUCGUGGAGGAGGGCGCGGCCGACGCCGUGGCCAUCGGCCGCCACUUCAUCUCGAACCCGGACCUGGUGCGGCGCUUCCAACUCAACAAGCCCGUGAACGACUACGACACGGACACGUUCUACCUCGGCGACGCGCGCGGGUACAUGGACUAUAAUACCCGUUCCUGCAGGACGAGUAGGUAG